CGUAUUUUUACCUUUAUAAACUUUGACCUUAAAAUGGCUACGCGCUGCAGAAUGUUCGCUAAGAAGUCAAUAUUCAAUGUUUAUCGGCAUUUAAAUUAUCUCUCUUGUAUUAAUAAGGGGAACUUGCCCAAUGUUGUAUCGGUGUGCUUUGGUCAGAAAAGAUGUGCAUCAACUAUGGAAGAUAUUCAUAAAUCUUUGCCCACUGCAGCAAAGUAUGGUGGUAGACACACAGUGACUCUUAUUCCUGGUGAUGGAAUUGGUCCAGAACUCAUGGUACACGUCAAAGAUGUAUUCAGGUAUGCUGGGGCGCCAAUAGACUUUGAAGAGUUUCUUUUGAGCGGUGAAAGAGAAGAUGCUGAAUCGGUAGAGCAGGCAAUAAUAGCAGUGAAAAGAAACGGAGUAGCACUCAAAGGCAACGUCCACACCAACCUGGACACACUUCAAAUUAAUGACAAGUCAGAUAAUGUUACUCUUAGGAAAAACUUGGAUCUGUUUGCAAAUGUUAUUCAUUGUAAGAGCUACCCGGGGAUUAAAACAAGGCAUGAUGAUAUUGAUAUUGUUGUCAUCCGGGAAAACACUGAAGGAGAAUAUUCAAGUCUAGAGCAUGAAAAUGUUGAUGGUGUUGUAGAAAGUUUAAAGAUAAUUACUCAUGCCAAAUCAAAACGAAUAGCUGAAUAUGCUUUUGAUUAUGCGAGAAGCAACGGAAGGAAGAAGGUUACCGCAGUCCACAAAGCAAAUAUUAUGAAGCUUGGAGAUGGGUUGUUUUUGCAGACGUGUCGAGAUGUUGCCUCUGCGAAUCCAGAUAUUGAGUUUGAAGACAUGAUCGUGGACAAUUGCUGUAUGCAGAUGGUAUCCAAUCCAAGUCAGUUUGAUGUCAUGGUGAUGCCAAACCUUUACGGAAACAUAGUCGGCAAUAUUGGAGCUGGACUUGUUGGGGGCCCAGGAAUCGUUCCUGGACAGAAUUUAGGCGACAGAUAUUCUGUGUUUGAAACGGCCACCAGAAACACAGGGAAGACCAUAGCUGGUCUUAACAUGGCCAACCCAACUGCAAUGCUUCUGGCCAGCUGUCAGAUGCUGGACCAUCUAAACCUCAACCAGCAUGCUGCCCUCAUUAGAAAUUCUGUCAUGGAGACGCUCACAAAGAAGGAGAACCACACACCGGAUCUUGGUGGACAAGCAACAACAAGAGAAGUGAUACAAAGUAUCAUAGAUCAGAUUGAACUCACUGGUAAAGGGUCGCAUAUGUAAACUGGCUGAAAUAAAAUAGUAUAAUAAUUUAUAGAUAUGAAACUUUAUGGUAUGUAUUUUAGUGAUAACCUAUGUGCAUACAAAUAUGAAAUUGCAUAGAGUACAGAAGUGUGACGUCAUGACAGACAAUCGCGGUCUGGUUGAAGGAACCGGCUCCGAAUGCUACAAGCCUGUAUUGUGGAGUUCUCAAUGUAUUUAAUGACUGGGCAGUACAGAUGGGCACAAAAGAGAUUCAAAAUCAUUACUUUCCUGAACACAACAUUGAUGUUGAGUAGAAUCUACUAUCUGCGUUUAAUGCCACAAUUUAUAAGGUAUUUGCACAAACUUACAAAAUCACUGCUUGGUUUUCAUUAUAAGAGACAAAUCUACUGGUGUUUUACACAUUUUUGAUGCACUUAAUCUACAAAGGAAUAUUUCUAAAGCCCAGCAAAGAUUGAACUUCUGUAAGUAUGAACAGCCUGCUUAAUAUUUUCUUUUGUUACCUUACCCAGGCCACCAUAAUGUUUAUCCAAGUAAAUGUUGCCCAGGAUGAAUUACAGGCGUUUUCGUGAACGGAGAAGUUAAAGUGGAGAAAGCGAUUCGGUAAAUCUUUCUGUGUGCGUGCAACUACCACAAAGUAUACGCAAUUAGAUGGACCACUAUGCGUAAAAUCCUACUUGUAUGUCGUUGCUUGGUAAAACAUAAUUCGUAUUUAAAUCCAAAGUUGGAACGGCAAUGGGAUUGCCCAAGGUAAAGUUAAUCUUUGUCUUCACGAUCAAAUAUCUUUCAAUGUAAAACACGGCUUUAGUGAUGGUGUUUAAAAAUAUACAAUCUCUGUCUGGUAAAUUCUAUAGAAAUCCUCAAGCAAUUUUAUCUAUUACUAAUAUUGCCCAAAGCCCCACUGGUGGAGCAAAACAGAAUGGAAUCAUGGAUAUACAGUGAUUGCGAUAUUACCAGACGAUAUUUAUAUUUAUUUUUAGUUUAAAUUGAUUUGUCUAAUAUUUAAAAUGAAAAUGAAUGAGAAUGUUGAUUAAUGAUAUAAAAAUAUAUAUAGUAUCAUUGCAUGUAUUAAGAAAUAUAGAGCACACUCGUACAUUAUUUAGUUCUGUAAAUUUAUGUUUUAAAUAUUAUAUUAGAUAUCACCUAAAACAAAUAAUAUAACAACAGCAUACAUAUCGAGAUGUAGGGCUACACAUUAAACUUUAAAAACAGUAUCCUGUCAUAUUUUGUACCGUGCCAAUUUUAUAUUAAAUUGAUGCCUUUUGCAAAGCACAA